AUGACAUUCCCAAGAGUGAAUGGAUCACAGCUACAAGAACGCAAAUGCUAUGGCUUCUGCAAUGGAUCCUGGAGCCGACAUGCCGUCAUUCCUACACUUAUCGAGUUCCCUGUCAAAAGCUGGGAGCUUGUGUCGCUCAUGGAGUUGCUGCCCGACCAUCAAAGCGAUCUUGCAGAAGCCCCCAAGCGGGGUCGACCUCCAAGUUCUCUCAGCUCGAACUUCUACAGACUAAACGAGAAAUGUAACAAGACCAGGUGGUGGACAAUAUGCAAGUACUGCUACGUUGCCCAUGUAAAUGACAAGGCCAGAGUCCCAUUUCCUGUCAGCAUUCACGGCCGAAAAGCUUCCUGGGAGAAGCAUCUGUCUGAUUGCAGUUACUACGUGCAAGCCACCGGCAAGUUACUGAAUAAGGAGAGCGACACCAGCGAGUACGAGGUCAGCCGGUCUAACAAGCUGCAGUGUGCAUCACCACCUGAUUUUACUUCAGCAGAACAGCGGAUGUUCUGGCGACUCUUACUGGAGUUCCAGGCGGAAGCGAUGCUACCGGACUCUUUUGUGGAGUUAAUGUCGUUCAAGCGAUUGCUUACAUUUCUGAACGCUCGAUGUGGAGCUACUGGCGCCGUUCCAAGUCGCCACGUUUUAGGCGGGCGGAAUCGAAGUGGUGCCAGAGUUAAUUUUUUGUCGGAUGUGUGGGAAAAUAUUGCAAAGCAGCAUGUAUUAGGCUGCCAAGUUGCUUUGUUUGGUCGAAUGAUGACACAUGGGUUGGUGCCUACCGGUUCUCGUCACGAUGGGCUAGCAAUUGCCCAACAAAUGGAAGAUGUCAUGGAAGAGUUGAUUGCGUCUCAGUGGAAUGUGGGCUCAGCCGUGACCGAUAAUGCUGGUCAAUGCCGCAGAGCGCGAGGUAUCUUAGCACUCAGAUAUCCCAAUAUUGUGUUUUUAUUUUGCUUUGGCCACGACGUGAAUAACCUCGUUAAAGCAGUUCUCAAAACUGUUUUUAAGCAGGUAUCAGAAGCUGCUGCUGGUGCUGCGAGCUUUCUGAAUACGUCUACCUCUAAAUGGCUGACCCGAGCCAUUGAGGCCAUGGAGAAUCGCUACGGAGACAGUUUUGCAGUUUUUACGUUGUGUGAAACGCGCUGGAACUCAAUGCAGGCGUGCUUUGCGUCACUCCUACGCGCGCGCGGAGCUCUGGAAGACUUUGAAUUCUGGAACAAGUUGGAGAGCGCCGAGAAGGUUGUGCGACCUUUAUGUACUGCAUCGUUCCGCUUACAAAGAGAUGAGAAUACAGUCGCGGAUGUUGUUCGCUCAUACAUGGACGUGUACAUUGGUUUCGCUGCCACAGAGUGGAGUCAUGUUCUUGUGGAAUGUGUUGAGACUCGAUGGAACGCGUGUGAGCAGCCAUUGUUUAUGUUAGGAUAUUUUCUCCACCCUCGAUACGUAUCCGAAGCAAAAAAGUUGCCUUCAACUGUCCUUAUCCAGCUGGAUGAUAUCUGUCAAUUUACGCAAUACUACUACCGACGAUUUAUCGGAGACGAUGACAGCACCUUGCGUGGUGAUGUGUUCGAUUGGAUAGAGGGGAGCUAUACAACAAGCCGAGUGAUAGACUUCAGCUCGGACUUGGUUGUAAAAUUCUGGCAGUACGAAAGGAAGUCGAAGCCUAGCAGCAAGCUUCCGCUCUUGGCGCUCACCAUUCUGGCGAUAGCAGUAAACACAGCGACCUGCGAACGCCUCUUUAGUGAGCUUGCUCUCAUACACACGCCAAAGAGAAAUCAAAUGGCGACUGAGAAGACCCUGAAGCAUCAGGUCAUGCGUCAGUAUGUUCGCGAAAAGAAUCGGAGUGAAAAGUCGGCACCUACCUCAUCUAAAAAGCUGCUUCGGAUCAUUGAUCCACGUGAACGACCGCGACUGGCAACUCCUCAACCCUCAGCACAAUCUACUCCGGUCCAGGUCGCAGCCUCCAUAACAGGUGCACCAGUUCCUCAGGCUUGCACUAAUACCCCCGGUCACCUCCACCACGAAGCUGCAACUGCUUCGCCGGCUUUACAACGAACGUUGUUUCCUGCUGAAAGAGAAGGUGGCUCGAGUUUAGUGCGCAGCUCUUCUACACCAAGGUGUACCGCAACACCUGGACGUACACCGAGUGGAGGAUCGAUUGUCUGUCAGAAUGUUCCACCAGUUCGCUCUCCAAAUGACGGUACAAAUGCUCACCUUUCGACUCCUGUCACAAACUCCGGUCCUUCGCUGACAACCGAAAUGAACGCAGUCAGCCUUAGUGGAAGCCUGUUAGAAGAAUAUCUUGAUCAUUUUGACUGGGAAGAGUUUGGCGAUGACGGAGACGAAGAGACGAUUGGAGUGUGGGGCAGUAUUCUCAAUACGUCUAGAAUCACAAGUCAUGAAGGUAAUGAUGACGCAGAUGAAAGAAGUUUUGGAACUUACAAUGGUGGUGACCUAGAUGGUGAUGAAGACAAAAGUGCCAAUCAAGGCAACCCUGGAUGCAGUCGCGUCGGCACGUCGCGGUUCACAACAAAGCGAGGCACUUACGAGGACCUAAUUCCUGCUGCUGACAGACGGCCAUAUCCCGAGACGAAUGACCCAGCAUUUCCACAAGAAAAGAAAUUGACGGGGAUCCGGGCUCGAAAAACAUCGCUGGCCUCGCUUGUCGCUAAGUAG